CGCAAAGAGUUGCGAAACGUUGAGCCGGCAUUAACUGGGAAACAAGGGAUUGUGAUUUUCAUCAAGACUCAAAAAUGUGUCGUAAUAUGGAUGAAGUUAUUCACUUUGAUGAGCAGAAAAUAGUGUUCGUAAAACAACUUGAUCCGAGUUACUUAUGUAUUGUGUGUAACAAUCUUCUUCACAAACCUAAGCAGACUUCAUGUGGGCACAGGAUCUGUGAAAACUGCCUGCCUACAUUAACAAAGCGCUCGCCAAACGCACGUCCUCGGUGUCCAAUCGACGAGAUUGAACUUGACUUAAAAGACACCUUUCCAGAUAAAUGCUGUGAGAGAGAUAUACUAUCGUUACAAUGCUUCUGUCCAAACUCAAAGAAAGGAUGUGAUUGGGAAGGGGACUUUGGAUCUUUGAAGCAGACCGGCCACCAAGCAAGGACAGCCCGGAUAACUGGUUGYAUGCCUCAAUCCGGUACGGACUAUUUCAUUUAAAACGWGUGGCGUGUCGAAAGUUAAUACAGUCAACUCUCGUCUUACGGACACCCCGCUAUUWCGGACACCUCGAUAUUACGGACACGAAAUACGGAAUCACCGGCGAAAAAUACAAAGAAAUGACUGAAAGUAACUCCCGUUASUACGGACUCUCGCUACUGMKGACACUAAAUUACUGCCCCGAGGGUGUCCGUAAUAGCAAUAGUUUACUGUAGUAUG